AUGCUCUCCAUUUCAUCCUCACCCCCUCUCUACCUGAGUUUCCUCCUCUUUCUUUCGUACCACUGCCCUGUUCUCUCCUUUCGGAUUGGGAACCGCAGCCAGUGUGAGUCUGCUCCCUUUGUGCCAGGCCACAACCUGGUGGGAGAGGGCUUUAAUGUGGUCACCAUGCGGCGAAAAGGAGCCUACAUGGUUGAUGUGAAGACUUACCUCAUGCCAGACGGCACCUGUACUCUCUACUCGAACCAUAUUCAAGACAACAGGCUGCAGAAACUGCCACUCUCUGCAGUGGACUGGCGUGCAUACAGCAGCUGCGAUGAUGCUAUCCACAGCAGUACACACACCUCCCAGGGCUCACUGAUUAACGCCUACACCGCCCAGGACAGUGACGACCAGAGGGUAGGAAACAUUCACAUGUGUAUCACCGGUACAUAUCACUAUCAUUUUAUCGCCCAGACCUACCUGGAUGUUGAGAGAACACGUUUGUCUGCAUAUAACUUUGCUAAAGAAAAGAACAAACAUGAUCGCUACACCUUCAGCUUACACAGGGUCACCUGUAGCCAUUACAGUUACCGUGUGUCAAGGAGACCACCCCUCAGCCCUGAGUUCAGUGAGGAUUUGGAAAGACUGCCAAGUUUCUACAAUUCCAACACCAGAUCUCAGUACAAUGAACUCAUAGAUACCUACGGCACACACUACAUCUACAAGGUUUAUCUUGGGGGGCGAUUAAUGCGAAUCGCAGCUGCUCGUACUUGUUUGUCCACACUGAACAGGCUCUCCUUAAAGGAGGUGCACUCCUGCUUAUCACUGGGUUUCAGUGUAGGCCUCGGGAAGACAAGUGCAUCUGAUAUCAGCAGAUUUUGCUCCAAGGUCCUACGGAACCAGGGCUUUGAUACCUCGAGCUAUGAACUAUACCAAAAUCACAAGCAGGUGUUAGGAGGUACUCAAUGGUCAGGGGAGUUUUCACUUACUCGUAAUGACUCUCUGGGCUACCUGAAUUGGAUGAAAACCCUCAAGAACCGCCCAGAUAUUGUUGGGUACUCCCUCAGACCAAUGUAUGAGCUGAUGCCAAAUGAGCCACAGAAGGCUCGGAUGAAGACUGCCAUCGAGCAGUAUAUAAAAGACAACACUGAGAUUAACUUACACAUAGAACCAUAUUGUCUGUUCAUUCCCAAUCUGGCUCCCAACUGCUGUCCUCUACAGGCCUGGAAAGGAACUCUGGUGGUGAUCAUCAUCCGAGCCUGGGAUCUGCAUGGAGAUGAUUUCGGCACCACUGACGGGUAUGUUACGAUGCAGUAUGGUUCCACCUACCGCAGGACUGACACGAUCUCGUCAAACGAUCCUCGGUGGAAUGCUCGUUAUGAUCUUGGCACGAAAAAGGAGUUAAAAGAGCUCCUGCAUGAGAAGCUGAGUGAAAGGGGUUUGUUUGAUGAGCCAGCUUCUGUAGGUGGAGCUGAGCCGGCUGAGCUAGCUGAUGCUCCCACCCCACUUCAAGGUCUCCCUGUGUCAGCUGGCAGGGCUGCAGAGGAGCUCACAUUAACUCUGCACAUAAAGGAGGUGGCAUUGAGGAAUGGGGAGUUUGAGGUGGAAGCUAUGUAUUUAAGGGUUAGGGCUCUGGAGUUGGAGUGGGGAGCCACUGCAACUGCCAGUCCUUCCACCACUUCGCUGCUGUCCCCUAGUCUCGGAGCUGGUGACAGCUUCGAUGUGGAUACACGCUUAACUUUCAAGUUUGAGGUCUGGGAUCAAGACUGGAGUUAUGACGACCGUCUGAUAUCAUGUGAGGUCUCCCCAACCCAGGGGCUACACAGUCGCACCUGUUCAUCAUCACUAGGCAGACUCGAGGUCAUGUACAAACUGACCUGUGACCCUAACUUGACUGGAGACAAGUGUGAUCAUUAUGAACCAUCUCCACUUUAA